CCGGCCACGCCCUUUCCGAACGCUCAGCCAUAGCCCGCACCGGGCCCGGAGACAAAGUAGCGAAGGGCCCGAGGGCAGACGCCACUCGCGGAGCACGUUCUCUCCCGUUGCUUUCGGAGGCAGGCCAAGACUCCUGCUAGCUGAGCUUCUCGGCUCCCGUGCUGCAGACAGGCCGUGCGCCCCCCAAGGGGAACACAGGGAGCAGGAGAGGUCUUUCCAGCCGCUCUGGGGCCAUGGCUGAGUGGCCAGGGCCCAGGGCUGACACUGACCAGAUGAUCUGGAGCCCUGGCUCCAGCAUGGCUGCACUCCGGUCCCCCACGGGCUUGGAGGUGAAGCUGGGCUCCCUGGUGACGCUACUGCUGCUGACCAUCUUGUGCGGCCUGGCUCCACUCUGCGUCUUCCGGCCACACGGGAGCGGAACCGGUUCACUGGACACGCGCAGAAAGGUCCUGAGCCUGGUGAGCUGCUUUGCGGGUGGCGUGUUCCUGGCUACCUGCCUCCUCGAUCUGGUUCCCGACUACCUGGCGAGCAUCAAUGAAGCGCUGGCUGCCCUGAGAGUCACUCUCCAGUUCCCCCUGCAGGAGUUCAUCCUGGCCAUGGGCUUCUUCCUGGUGCUGGUGAUGGAGCAGAUUGUGCUGGCCUACAAAGACCAGGCUGGCUCCCUGGAGGAGACACGGGCUCUACUGGGGGCCUCGGCCCAGGACAGCACCGUCCAGGCCCAGCACUGGCAGGAGGGGCCCCUGCGCCCUGCCUGGGGCCCUGCCCAGGAGCGCCCCCACCUGCAUGUUGACUUCAAUGCGCACUCGGCCAUCCGCUCCUUCAUCCUGGUCUUCUCGCUCUCGCUGCACUCCGUCUUCGAGGGGCUGGCUGUGGGGCUGCAGGAGGCCAGCGCCAAGGUGCUGGAGAUCUGCCUGGCCCUGCUCAUCCACAAAUGCGUCAUCGCCUUCAGCCUCUCGCUCAAGCUGCUGCAGGGCCGGCUGCGCCCCCGGGCCGUGGUUGGCUGCCUGCUGCUCUUCGCCCUCAUGUCCCCCCUGGGGAUCGGCCUGGGGGUGGCCCUGACGGAGACCUCAGGCGCCCUGCACCAGCUCUCCCGCAGCGUGCUAGAGGGCCUGGCCACCGGCACCUUCAUCUACAUCACCUUCAUGGAGAUCCUGCCGCACGAGCUCAGCUCCUCCGAGCAGAGGAUCCUCAAGGUCAUCCUGCUCCUCGGCGGCUUCGCCCUGGUCACCAGCAUCCUCUUCAUCAAGAUCUGAGCUGUCCAUGGCCCCUGCUGCCAGGGACAGACGCCCUGCCCCAGGACUAUCGGGGCAGAUGCAGCAAUGCGGCGGUUCCUGGCUGAUCCAGCUGCCUUCUGGCCCGUGUCUGGGGCUUGGGAAUCCCCUCCGCCGCAGCCCCAUGGAGAAGCGAUUCCCUAGCCUUGGCCAAGGAGCAGCACGUCCGCCCUGUCAGCAGUUCUGGCAUUUGUUUCCCUACCGCCGGCAGCGUGGGAUGGAUCCCAGGACUGGCGGGGCCUGGCCCUGCACUGGAGGAAGUGCUGGGGUUCCUGCUCUGGUAGGGUGCUGGUAGGUCCCUCUGGAGACCCCCCCAUGUGGGGCUGGAAACACCCCCUGCCUGCUGCCCAGGACCCAUGGAUUGAUCCCAGCGCCCCCUGAAUCCAAACCUGCCUGGGGCGCAGGGCAGCUUCCUCCACCCUAGAAUGGCUCCUCCAGGACCCCAGCCUGGCCAUGCUGGGGCAGACUCAGAGGAUGCUUCAGUAUGAGUACUGCCCCGUAACCCUGCUGCAAAGCCCUCGGGCGCAGGCUUGGCUGAGCUGGGGCCUGCAGGGGCACCGGGGGGCUGUGGUAGCUUCGUUGCCCCCAGCUCCUCUGCAGGGGGGCAGUCGCCCAGCUGGCAGCAUUUCCCUCCCCAUCCCUGGGAAGGCUGGGACGGCUUGUUCCUCUAGUCAGAACCCUCAGCCCAGGAGAGGGCAGGGUGGCAUGGGGCUGGCUGCCCGGCAGAGUCAUCCAUGCCCCUGCUUUGCUUGGGCUGGGCCUGUGCCAGAGGAGCCCUGCAGUGCCAAUGCCUCCUUCAACUCCCUUCCCACUGCAGUUUUCAGCCAAUUGGAGGGGAGCGUGGCCUAGUGGCUAGAGCACUGGACUGUGACUUGGGAGCCCUGGGGUCUAUUCCUGGCUGUGCUGCUGGGCGAUCUUGGGCAAGUCACUUCACCCGCUGUCUCUCAGUUUCCCCAUCUGUAACUUGAGGCCCUGAUCCCAGCCCCGGUAAAGUGCGACGGCUGAGAAGAGGAGCUAGGAAGGAUGAAUUAUUUUUUUAAGGAAUACAGAGUAAAGACUGAAUCUGUGGCCUAUUUUAUACACACGGGGCCAGCAGCCCAGCUCAGGCAGCGAGAGCCGUGACGCGCCGGUUCACGCCCGCUGGAGGGUACCAGCUCUUGUACCUGUGGUCGGGGGAGAUGUCCCCAGCAGGAGGCCUGCUCGUACCGGUAUAAAAGUGCCUUAGAGCCAUCCAGCAUGGUCCCCUUCCCGCACGGAGUCUUCCAGUGGAGCCAUUUGUGUCGCCCUGGGCCAGGUCCAAGACCCCAAGGUGCCAGGAGGUGUGCAGAUAUCGAACAAAGCUGGGCCUGCCUCAAAGAGCUUCUAGCAUCUCAAGUGCUCCCAGCUGGUGUGCACAGACCUGGCGUCCUGGGCUACACGAUCGAAUGGCCUUAACCCCUCCGGCUCGGCAAGGCCACAACACUAUUUUUAUAAACAGCCUCUUGCCAGCUGCCUGGGAGGUGGCAGAAAACCCAGGCCUGGCCCGUUUAUGUACAGAGAGUCUAUUUUACUAACUGCCUGUCUCUCCUUCCCCCCUCACUGGUGGAAAUGCAGCUGUUUGGUUAAAAUACUGACAGAGAAACUUAUAAAAUUGAAAAAUAAAAUGACUCUAAUCUCUGUA